CAUUUCAGUAGUAACAGAUACAUCACAGAUGUUAGAGGCAUAUUUUCUAUCGCGGCGCUAGCAAAAACAAACAUAUGUACAGAAAAUUAAAUCGAAACAAAAAGAAAUUUUAACUAACGCUCGAAUAAAAAUUAGUGUUUUUUUCUCUAAAUAAAUAUUUUAAAUUAAGAAGAAAACAACAACAAAUCAUAAUAAUAAAUAGUGUCCGUGUUUAACAUUUAAAAGAAGUGAAAAAUUUUGGUUUAAAAAGAAAAUCUAUAAAAGAAGAAAAAACGCCCAGUUCUGUUAAUUAACUAAAAAAAGAGUAAAGAGUAAACAAAGAGAUGGCACAAAGUGCGGAUACAUCAUUUAUACCAGACCUACCGAAAGGACCAUUGUGCACUUAUCGCAAGCGGGUUAAGUUUGAUUGGAAACGUUUAAGGCUGAUAUUUGAAAAGGAACAAGCUUUACGUAUUAAGUACAAGGUUUGGAAGAUAUUAGAAAAUGAUCCUCUCUUCUCCCAGCCCAUUGCACUCCUACCCACCGAUGAGCAAAAACGUAUUUGUGCCAUGCAAAUGAAUCGUAUGGCUCAUUUGGAUUUAGUUCCUAAAGAAAUCGAACAACGUUCGUUUAGUGAAAAGACCAAAUAUUUGAUGAGCAUUAAUGAGGCUUUACAUACCUACAAUCCCAGUUUGUCGGUGAAAAUCGCUUUGGGCGUUGGUCUCUUCAAUAAUGCCAUACGUGCCAUGGGCACUGAAAGACAUAUGAAAUAUUAUGAGGCUGCUUGGAAUCGUGAAAUUGUCACAUGUUUAGCCAUAACGGAGGUUUCACAUGGCAGCAAUACGAAAAGUAUUCGUACGACCGCCACAUAUGAUCCUGAAACACAGGAGUUUAUUAUCAAUACACCAGAUUUUGAGGCCGCCAAAUGUUGGGUCGGUAACUUGGGUAAGACAGCCACAGUUGCCAUGACAUUUGCUAAUCUAUAUACACCGGAUGGUGUUAACCAAGGUCUACAUGGUUUCCUUAUACCCGUUAGAGAUCCCAAAACAUUACAGCCCUAUCCGGGUGUUUUGGUUGGUGACAUUGGUGAGAAGAUCGGAUUGAAUGGCAUUGACAAUGGUUUCGUUAUAUUUACCAAUUAUCGUAUACCUCGUGAGAAUCUACUCAAUCGUACGGGUGAUGUUACACCUGAGGGUGUAUACGAAAGUGUUUUCACCGAACCGGGCAAAGUAUUGGGCGCCGCUUUAGAAUCCUUCUCGGCUGGUCGUAUUGGCAUUAUGCAAGAAUCUGUGAAUACUUUGUCAAAUGCAGCUGUUAUAGCGAUACGUUAUGCUGCCUUAAGAAAACAGUUUGGUCCGGAGAAAACCGGCCCCGAAAUGGCUAUAAUCGAGUAUCAGUUACAUCAAUGGAGAAUAUUCCCUUAUUUGGCGGCCGCAUGUGUAUUGAAGAUCGCCGUAAUUGAAUUGACCGAUCAGUAUUUAAAAAUUAUCGAAAAAUCUCAGGCUGAUUCAAAUGGUUUCGAAUUAUUGACACAAAUUGUAUCUGAAAUACAUGCGAUAAUAUCAUCAUCAAAACCAAUGAUAACAUGGACGGCACGUGAUGCCAUUCAAGAGGCUAGAGAAGCAUGUGGUGGUCAUGGUUAUCUCAAGGCAUCCAAAUUGGGAGAUCUACGCAGUGAUCAUGAUGCAAGUUGUACCUAUGAAGGUGAUAAUAAUGUAUUGGGACAGCAGGCCUCUAACUGGUUAUUAAGACAAUGGAGUGGUACUAUUGAAAGUCCUGCGGGUACGGCAAACUUUUUAAACAAUCGGGAAUCUAUAUUGAAACAAACCUCUGAAGAUGUUUUAAAGCAACACAAUAUUGAAAGCAUGGAAUUUAUUUUAAGUUGUUACGAAUGGAUGUUGUGUCAUUUGCUACAAACCACCUCAUCUCGAAUUUCCGCCGAUAUUGACAAUGGUCGUCAUCGUUUUGAGGCCCGCAAUAACUCGCAAGUAUAUGCCGCUCGUGAAAUGUCCAUUGCUUAUGCUGAGUAUUACUGUUUGAGUCGUUUUGUUGAACGUUUCCGACGUCCUGAUAUUUCCGGAGAAUAUAGUAAAAUUUUAAAAUUGGUUUUCGAUGUCUACGGCUUAUGGUGUUUGGACAAACACAUGACUACUUUCUAUGUGGGCGGUUUUGCUCAUGGUUCUAGAUUUGCAGACUUAAUAAGAAGUCGCCUGCUGCAGAAAUGUGGUGAAUUAAAGGAUUCUGCUGUCUCAGUGGCAGAUGCUUUAGCUCCACCAGAUUUUGCCCUCAAUUCCGUUAUUGCCAAGUCUGAUGGUUUGUUGUAUGAGAAUUUGCAAAGUGAAUUUAUGACCAACUCGGGUGCAUUUGAAAGACCACCAUGGUGGCGUGAUGUCAUCAUACCACAAGUAAAAUCGAAACUAUGAAGAGACUUUUAUAAGCUUUACUUACGAUUUAUAUCAUUUAUUGUAUUUUUUUGUUUAAAUAUUCUUUUUCAUUUUUAAAUAUUUUGUAAAUUAAGUUUCAAAACCACAAAAGAAAUCAAGCAAUCUCUUAAACCAAAAUUUACUUACUUUAUAUACAUAUACUACUACUACUAAGUAUAUAGAUUUAUAUAUAUUUAUGUAAUUAAUUUGUCGAUUAUUAAUAUUUUAUAUUUUCUUGUCUUUUGUUUUAUUUAAUAUUUUGAUUUUUUGCU